AUGGCGCUGAAGCCGCGGCUCUCGCCAGUUCCCAAGAUGGCCGCCCGGCGCCGCUCUCCCCGCCCCGUCCGUCGUUCAGCUCAGCUCCGCGCGCUGCCGGCGCCGAACGGGUGCGCUCCCGGCGUGCCCUGCGCGGGGCGGGGCGGCCUGGCGCGGUGUCUGCCGGGAGCUGUAGUGUGGGGCCGCCGGCGGUCACGUGUCGCGCCCGGCAGUGGCCGCGUUGGGAGCGGAGGCGCCAAGAUGGCGGCGCUGCGGGGCGGAGCGGUGCUGCCCGGCACCGGGCUGUGCGGCGCCAGCACCGGAGCCGCCGCGCGGGGAACGGCGGGUGGAGGCGCCUCUCGGCAGCCCCCACUGCGCGCCGGCAGCCCCCUGCAGUGUUUCUCCUUUGAGGAGGAUGAUCUGAACUUGUCGCUGGAUGCAGAAACCAUCCCAGAAGCUGAGGAGAUCCUGGGGACAAUGCAGAACUACCUUGACUCGUCCGUCAUCUCCAUCAUCGAGGACCUCUCCAUUAGCGAGGGCAAGGCCUGCCUGGAUGCACAGAAUGAGCUGUCCCUGCUCACUGCCAUCACGGAGAUCCUGGACAGCACAGAUGAUGAGACCCUGUCCCCCUUUGACACCAUCAUGGAUGCGGAACUGUUGACCUCAUUGCGAGAGCGGGAGAACUCCUCAUUCCAGAAGUUUCUCAGCCUAUCCCGGCCAGUUCUUGAGGGCAAGAGCCCUGCCUUGGAGCAGCCCAAGGGUCUUUGGUCCCUCAGCAGUGGUGGCAGCACGCCUGAAGCUGGGAAGACCGAUGUGGACCUGGCUUGGGACUGCAUUGCUCACAGCCUGGAGGACCCAUCACCACCAAAGAAGCAAACCUGCAGCACCCCGAGGGUAGAGAGGAAGCAGGGGCGGCCCCGUGCCCAUGAGCAGCUCCCCCUGCAGCGCAGUGAUGGGGAGGAGGAGGAUGAAGAGGCUGCCUCCAGCCCAGAGCUGGACAGCAGUAUGGAGGCCGCAGAGUUCUGCGUGAAUGCACCCGAGGUGGUGAUGGAGGAGCAUGAAGACCCCUGUGUCAUCAACACAAGUGAUGUGUCGCUGAGUGAGCUGGUGAAGUCCAUGCACCCCUACUGCCUGCCCACCUUCACUGUGUGCCUGGACCCCGAGACUGAGCCCGUGGCCAAGGAGCUGCUGAGUGGUCCCGUUGUGCUGGAGAUCGUGCCCAGGGAGGGUGAGAACAUGGAGAUCCCUGUGGUGCUGCAGCCCUUGGCCCCCAGCUUCCCUGACCUGGAGCCCCAACUCCUGGGCACAGAGAGCAACACAGAGUCAAUCCCAGUGCACGGAGAGGAGCUGCCAGGAGAUCCAGCACCUGAAACUGGGAUGGAGGAGGAGGAGAAACCAUCUGGGCAGGACCCCUCAUGUGCAGCCCUGGACAGCAAGACCCCCAUGGAGACUGCAGUAAGCAGCAAGCGUGAGAUUUGUGAGAAGGGACGUGGCCGUGAGAGAGCAAGGAAGAGUCGAAAAAAGAAAGCGGGUGUGGGCCUGAGUGAGGAUGGCCGUCUGGGCAGAGAUGGCAUGGCACACCAGCUGAGAUCAGGCCGGUCACGGCGGGCAGCACGGCCCUCGUUGCAGGUCUCUGACUUCCUGGCACGGCAACUGGAGCAGGCACGGAAGGAGGGGCAGAUGGAGCUGCAUGCUGAGCGGGUGCCACGGCCACGCGGCCGCCCCCGGGGCACGGCAAGGGCCUCCCUGCCCACCAAGGAGCCCCCGGAGGUGCCAAAAGAAUUGGAGCCAGAAAUGACAGACACAGUGCUGGAGAAGGGUGAGACUGCUGUGCCAGAGGAGAAAACCAUGGAGGAGCCGCUAGCAGCAAAGCCACCCAGCCCAGCGGAGCAAGAGGACAAAGGGGCUGCACAGCCAGAUGUUGAGAUGCCAAAGCAGGAUGUAGGCAUGGAGCCUCCCCAGAGUGUUCCCGCAGCAGAGCCAAGUGAGACCCUGCCCAAGGAGGCCAAGCCCAAGGCCUUGAGCCUGCGGGAAUAUCGCAUGCGCAUGCAGCACCGCCAGUCCAGCAUGGGCAGCAAGGAGGGCAAGAAGCAAGCAGCCAGCAAGUGGCCCAGUGUCCCCGAGCCUCCCACCGAGCUGGCAGACAUCCCCUGCCUGGUGGCACCUGCACGACCGCCCACCGAGACACCCAGUGCUCAGAAGAGCCUGGAGAAAUCUUCCAGCUCCCCUGUUGGGCCACCUCCUACCAGCAAAGCACCUGCAGCUCCGGCUCCGGCUGCAACUCCGGCUCUGGCUGCAGCUCCAGCACCAGCACCAGCUGCAUCUCCGGCUCCAGCACCAGCUCUGGCACCAGCUCAGGCACCUGCCUCAGCCCCACCACCUCCAGUGCCACAAAUACCUUUUGUUCCACCUGCCGUGCCUCCAGCUGCUGGGGCAGCUCCCCCUGGGAUGCCACCACUGGCCACUACCAGUGGUUAUGCCAUGUAUCCACCUGUGCCUUCAUGGCCCUGCUUUGGUCCGCAGCCCCUGGGCUGUCACGCUCUGCCCCCACCACCUGGAGCUGGGCCCCCCGGCACUUUCCACAUGAUGCCUGGCCUCCCGCCCCCACCCAUGGCUUGGCCCCCACCGGCCCUGCCGCCCCCACCGGCCCUGCCACCCCCACCGCCUUUCGUCCCCAGUGGCCCCUAUGGCCCUGUGGGCUGGGCCCCCCCAUCCUACUGGCCAGGCAUCCCCAUUCCACCACCUCCAGUGCCUCCUAUGGCAUACAGUGAUCCUGCACUGCAGGGUGCAGUGGCCUCUUCCAUCCCAGCUAGUGGCCACCCCAGCACAGCCCUCCUGCAUGGGCAGGCUCCCCCAGCCCCGGAGCUGCCAGCCAUCCCUGUGCAGCCAUCCCCAGGCACUGAGACAGGGACUGCAGGCAGCCAGACCAGACCAGGGGUCAGCAGGGUGUCAAAUCCUAGGAGACAGGCACGUUUGGUAGGGGAGAGCUCCUUCCCCAAGGGACCUUCAGCUCCGGCUCCCACCCAGCCACCAGUAACUCCAUCGGGUGCUGCUGCCCAGCCCAGCAGGGUCCCACCUGCAGCACCAGCUCCAAACGUGGCUGCUCCCACCCAACCCUUGGAGGAGCCCCCGCCUCCAGCCCCCAUCCAGCACUCAAAGGCCCCCCAGGCUGUCAUUCCUGCAGAGGUAUCAGCUGCUGCUGUCCCUGCUGGGGGAUCCCCUGGCACCAACCCCACAGAGGAGCCUGUGGGACCAGCCAAGACCCCAGAGGACAAGACCCCAGUGGAGCCAUCCAGCCACAAGUCCAUCACCCAGGCUCCAGCACCGCCACCAAAACCAUGCCGGGAGAGCAGCAAGCCGCCUGCUGCACGGCCCUGGAGGCACCAACCUCUCAUCAGCCCCGUGCAGAACAGCAACAGUAGCCAGGACAUCGUGCAGGCCUUCAUCAGUGAGAUCGGAAUUGAAGCUGCUGACUUGUCCAGCCUGCUGGAGCAGUUCGAGAAGUCUGAAGCCAAAAAGGAGGAGAUUCCUGUGCAGCCCCCUGAGGAAAAGCUGCCAGUGAGGAGUGCUGGGUCAGAGCCCCAGCCAGAGAAGAAGCCCCCAGACAGCCUACAGGCCUCGGAGCUGGCCAACGUGGCAGGGCUCACUCCCCCAGCGACCCCUCCCCACCAGCUCUGGAAGCCGCUGCCCACUGUCUCGCUGCUGGCCAAGACCAAGUCACCUGUCUCGGCACCUCAGGAAGGGAGUCAGAGGACCGCCAAGCUCACAAAAGCUAAACCCCUGCCCCAGAGCAAGCUGCAGGGGAGGAGCUCAGUGCCUGGCAGUGCAGCCCCCAGCCACGUCUGCUCAGGUGACCAUGACUACUGCAACCCACGCGUGACACGCCUGGAGAACAGCAGCAUGGCUGGCACGCAGCCCCCCGCCACCGAGAGCGGCUCCCGCUGGAACGUCAAACACCACCGGGACAUCACUAUCAAGCCCAUCUCCUCCUUAACCAAACGGACGCUGGACCAGCCCAAACCGACCCCUGCUGCUGCAGCGGGGCCCAGCCAGGAGUCCCCAGGGGCUGCCUGCUCGACUCCCCUGGAUUAUCGGACUAAUGUCCCCAGCAAGGCCGUCACCGAGUGUGACAGCCCCGCCACCUCAGUGCUGCUGUCCCCGGCUGCAUCUCCCUGCCGGGACCAGGAGGUGUGGACCCCUAGCACCCAGCCUGGCCGUGUCACUGCCAAGAAGUCCCUGCGCUGCUACCGGAGACCACAGGACUCGCCCAGCCCCUCUGCAGGCAGCUGGAGGGCCGGCCGCAGCCGGGCCAGCCGCUCCUUCAGCUCCAGCUCGGAUGGAGCCAGCGAGUCUUCGUCAUCAUCCUCAUCCUCCCGAUCCCGGUCGCGGUCACUGUCCCCACCGUCCAAGCGGUGGCGCGGGUACCGCUCGAGAUGUUCCCACAGCUCAUCCUCCCGUUCCAGCUGUGGGUCAUGUGGCAGGUCCCGGGACAGGUCCUCUUCUUCCUCCUCCUCAUCCUCCUACUCCUCCCAGUCCCCAUCCCGCAGGCAGUCCCGCUCCCGUUCACCCUCUCCCUGCAGGAGGAGUAACAGGCGGAGAAGAUACAGUUACGAUGCACAGGACCACUACCAAAGGCAGAGGAUCCUCCAGAAGGAACGUGCAAUAGAGGAGCGGCGAGUUGUGUUCAUUGGCAAGAUCCCCAGCAGGAUGACACGGUCAGAGCUGCGGCACCGCUUCUCAGUGUUUGGGGACAUCGAGGAGUGCACCCUGCACUUCCGCUCCGAGGGGGACAACUAUGGCUUUGUCACCUAUCGCUAUGCUGAGGAGGCCUUUGCUGCCAUUGAGAGCGGCCACAAGCUGCGGCGUCCAGAUGAGCAGCCCUUUGACCUGUGCUUUGGUGGCCGCCGGCAGUUCUGCAGGAGAAACUAUGCUGACCUGGACUCCAACCGAGAAGAUUUCGAUCCAGCCCCUGUGAAGAGCAAGUUCGACUCUCUGGAUUUCGACACGCUGCUGCGGCAGGCACAGCGCAGCCUGCGGAGGUAGCAGCAAGCACGGCGGAGCACCCGCCCCUUUUAUACUCAAAUACAAAAGACAAAAAAAGUAUGGAGAGAAAGAUGAGGUUUUUAAGAAAAAGAAAAAGGAAAAAAAUUUGUUUUAUAACCAAUAUUUAAGGAAGACGGGCGGUUUCCUGUUAAUUGGAAGGGCCUAGGUGAGUGGCAGCCUCGGGCUUGCCGAGCCGUGUAAUAAAUGUGGAUGCCCAAACCCA